ACAGUGAACACGAUAGACAACAGAAGAGCUUAAUCCUACAAGCCUCAGACAAAAAGACAGAGAUGAUGCUGAUUAGACAGCAGUGACAUUACCUGAGGGGGGGGGAAUAAACGGAGAGAGGAGAAGAGGAGUGUGGGCUUUAAUCCUCUUGGCAUGCGAGUGUAUCUCUUGCUGUUUGGCACUGAGUGCAGUGGUCACCCUGUGUGUGAGUGUGUGCCGCAGAGUUUGUCGGUGGUGCUGGGACGCUUUGGACUGGAAUGUAUCUGAGCUAACCUCGGGGGGCUUUCGGGAAGACACCAUGCUGGGCAAGGAUUACAUGCUCGCCAUUAUCAUCGUCAACUAUGAUGAUAACAUCUGGAAUGAUCAGAGUCUGGAGCUGGACUCAGAUCUGCCUCCAGGAUGGCGCACUAUACGCGACAGCACAGGCACCUAUUACUGGCACGUGCCCACAGGCACCACACAGUGGCAGCAUCCCUCCUACAGCGCAGAGGAGGAGCAGAAUGCCAUUAACGGAGUCACUGCCAGCCAGAUCAAGCUGGCAGCAGAUGGCAGGAGGGAAUCCAGAGGCGGACUGACUGAAAACCCACUGCCCUCUCUGAGCGAAAGGCCCUCCUGGCAGGAAGAAUAUUUCUGUGCCAACAUGGAUCCCGACUCGAAGUGUUUUGCUGUGCGCUCGCUGGGCUGGGUUGAGAUCCCUGAGGAGGAACUGACCCCGGGCAAGAGCAGUCUGGCAGUUAACAACUGCAUCCAGCAGCUGUCCCACAGUAAAGCAGAGGGCCGGGACGCGGUGGGCGCCUGGGGAGAGGGUCAGGAUAUGAUGAUGGUCCUCAAAAAGGACACUCUCAGCCUAAUGGACCCUGUGGACCAAAGCCUCAUCCACUGUCAGCCCAUAAUCAACAUUCGUGUAUGGGGAGUGGGCUGCAACAAUGGCAGAGACAGGGACUUUGCCUUUGUGGCAAGUGAUAAAGACACCUGUAUGCUCAAGUGCCACGUGUUCCGCUGCAACGCUCCAGCCAAGACUAUUGCAUCUGCCCUGCAUGAGAUGUGCUCAAAGAUCAUGGCAGAGAAGGCAGCUCUGCAGCCCUCUAUGGCCCGUUCUCUCACCAUGGAGAGCAUCUCUCCAGAGGAUUUGCCCCGUCAAGUUGACUUUUUGGAAGCAGUGAGGCAAAGAGUGCAGAAGUUUGAGGUGGAGUAUAUUGGAAACCUGCCAGUAUCCAGAGCGAUGGGAAUGGAAGUGUUGAACAGAGCUAUUGAGAGCAUCAUGCACUCCAGAGACAGAGAUGAGUGGGAGCCGAUAGUCAUCCAUGUGUCUGAUACAGUUCUGUCUUUAUGGAGAGGAGAGGAUGGAGACGACCCAUUCUGGGAAUCUCAAGUACGCUAUUUGACUUUCCUAGGUGUGGGUCAUGACACACACACUUUUGCAGUCAUAGUGGAUGCUGGAACCCAGCGCUUUGAGUGCCAUGUGUUUUGGUGUGAGCCAGAUGCCGGGAUCAUCUCUGAGGCAGUCCAGGCUGCAUGCAUGGUUCAGUACCAGAAAUGUUUGGUGGCACAGACUCCUCCAGCGAGGCCCAAGAUGUGGAGGGCAGGCUCCAAAGUCAAACGAGCCAACUCCAUGGAUGGCUCCAGUUUCCCACCCCGAUAUCAAGGACACACAGCCUCCAAAAUGGCCUCUCCCAGUGUGAAGAAGGGCAUGCUGGCAUUUUUUGAGACGUUUCGGAAUAAACAUUCUGCGGUAUCCACUCCCUAACAACAGCGGUUGUGUGCAGGGGAUGGGGCCUGAUAGAGAGGAGAUGUAGAGAUGGAAGAAAUGAACAUGAAGGUUAAGAAGGCUUAAAAAUAUGAGUAUCCUUUGCCUUUGGCAGUUUUUUAAUCCAACUUGAUUUCCCCAGUAUGACCUCACAAAAAACCCACCUUAUUGCCCUUAAUAAGCGUGUUUUUGAGGAUUGACAAAUCUGAAUGUAGAUGUGCAGAACAGUGUUUUAAUGACAUUGUGGUGCUGUGCUCUCACAUUCCAAAACUGACAGAACCCAGACCCUCUACUGUUCUACAACAGUUCCUGUCCUCAAAUCUGAUUUGUGUAAUCAGUCUAGUUCACACUGCACAGACAGACCCAGACUCAUGCCAGCAAACACAUUCUUUAGUAACCCCCGGUCAGUCGGAGUUUGGCAGGUCAUGUAAUUUUAGAGAGGUACUAUUAACAGGUGAUUCUGGCAUUCAUCUGCGUCUGGCAGUGCAAAUAAAUGCUCUGGGACCUUGUAUCAUUUAGCUCAUCUGUUUGUUCCAGAUAAACCAUGAGUCUGUAGUAUUAGCUGUGGGGAUUUUCAGGGUGUCUUCACACUUGGCAGGUUUUCUUUUGAUUAAAGUGAACUAUGGUGUGACUACCCUGUUACUGCACUUCAUUUAAAUUAAUAUGAAUGCUUCCAUCCAAACCUUGCCAGGGUACACAUAGUUUAGCACAUUAGUGUUGGGUCAUUCAACAAGGUAGUCUAGGAACACAUAGAUUGUAAUACAAGUGAUUCCAUGACUC